GUACAAGCUGAAGUAUGAGUGGAACGUGUCGGCAGCAAAGUUUCUAUGGUCGACAGGAAUAUUAAUGAAGGAGAUUUGAGUUUUUGUAGUUGAUAUAGUUACGGGGUUUUUGAGAUUUAGAUAUGAAGUGUUGGAUUGAAUUUGGAGAAAAUAAAUAAAACUAUUUUGUGCUAAGACGUGUGAUUAUUGACUUAUAUUUGGAGUAGCACAAUUGGCGACGAGAAGUGGUAAUUUUACCCGCAGGACGUUGAUUUCUGAACAAGGGCAGUCCAAGACAACGAGCUCAGAAGAGUCGAAAAAGUUUACUGAUCAUGACAGACAACAAUAUAAAACCCUUUCUCUGCGAUAACCUCGACAAGGCUUUGAUCAGGGGAGAAUGGGAAAAAUGGUUACGUUCUUUGGAAUUAUAUCUAGCUUCAGAGGAUAUAACAAAUAUUGUUAAGAAAAGGAACAAACUUCUACAUCUUGGAGGAUCGCAGCUUCAAGAAGUAGCAUAUAAUCUUCCAGGAGCAUUAGAAAUCUUCGAUAAAGACAUAAAUAACGACGUUUUCAAAACCCUUGUUGAAAAACUGACCGAUUAUUUUUCACCAAAACAGAACUCAACUUUCGAACGGCACAUAUUCAGAAACAUCAAACCUGAACAAAAUGAAAACUUUAGUAAAUUUGUUCUUAAAAUCAGGAACCAAGCGAGCAAGUGUUCAUUUGGAAAUUCGGCACAAGAAUCGAAUGAAAUAAAUAUUAAAGACAAGAUAAUUGAUAGUUGGGCACCUGUUAAACAACCAGUCAGAAGAGUCCCAAUUACUUUAGAGGCUAAAGUAGAGAGAAAACUAAAAGAAGCACUUUUGUCUGAUAUCAUAGAGAAAGUUACUGAACCAAGUGCAUGGAUCUCACCCAUAGUAGUGGUUUUGAAACCCAACGAUGACAUCCGCAUUUGUGUGGAUAUGCGCCGUGCCAAUGAAGCAAUUCUGAGGGAGAAUUACCCAAUUCCAACUUUCGACUCUUUCAUGACUAAACUCCGGGGAGCAAAGUUUUUCUCUCGACUUGAUUUAGCCAAUGCAUACCACCAACUUGAACUUGAUGAGGAAAGCCGCCCUAUUACUACUUUCAUUACCCACAAAGAAAAAGAACAUGAUUACUGCCUGAAUAACGUACUAGAGGUAUUCAAGGUAAACAAUGUUCUCCUAAACGAAGAGAAAUGUAUAAAAAAGGUCAAGGAGCUUUAUUUUCUCGGCCACAAGCUCUCCGACAAAGGAAUCGAAGCAGACCAUGCGAAAAUAAAAACAAUAUUGCAGUUCCGACCACCGACUACAAAAGAAGAAACAAGAAGCUUUCUUGGACUCGUCACCUAUCUAGGGAAGUUCAUACCAGAUCUGGGAACCACAACGGAACCACUCCGGAGGCUGAUUAGAGAAAACCAGAAGUUUGAAUGGUGUCAAGUCCAGCAAGAAAGUUUUAACAAACUAAAAAAAUCGCUGGCGACUCUUCCGAUAUUAUCAUACUUUGAUCCUCAGCUGAGAACCCGUCUAGUAGCAGAUGCUAGCCCUGUGGCACUGGGAGCUGUACUUUUACAGUUUAAUGAACAAAGAACACCACAAGUUAUAUCGUUCGCUAGUAAAAGUCUUUCGGCUACAGAAAAACGCUAUUCGCAAACGGAAAAAGAAAGCUUAGCUCUCGUCUGGGCCGUGGAGCGUUUCCAUUAUUAUCUAGCGGGUUUGGAAUUUGAAUUAGUUACGGACCACAAGCCUUUAGAGGCAAUUUUCAAACCAUCAUCGAAGCCACCAGCUCGAAUCGAAAGAUGGGUUCUCAGGCUACAGGCUUACAAAUUCAGAGUUAUCUACCAAUCGGGGAAACUAAAUAUAGCCGAUUCAUUAUCAAGAUUAUGCCAACUCGAUGAAGAGCCAUCGUUCGACAAGGAAAACGAAUAUCACGUCCGUGCCCUGCUUGAAAUUGACUCACCAGCAGCUAUGAAUAUUAGCAAAAUUAUAAGUGAGAGUCAACAUGAUCGGAAAAUAUCUGAUGCAGUAAAAAAGAUCAAGGAUGAUUGUUGGGAAAUUGCAGACAAAAAUGCUCUUUACCCCUUUCGCCAAGAGCUGAUGACAAUAGGAUCAGUAAUUCUGCGAGGAAGUAGACUAGUUAUACCUGAUUCGUUGAAAGCCGAGGUAUUACAAUUAGCCCACGAGGGGCAUCCGGGAGAGACGGUGAUGAAAAGGAGACUGAGAGCUAAGGUUUGGUGGCCAUUUAUGGACAGAGAAGUCGAGAAAUUUGUAAAAAAUUGUAGAGGCUGCUUAUUAGUUACAAUUCCGGAUAAACCACCACCGAUGAAAAGGCAUAAAUUCCCGGAACGGCCGUGGCAAUGUGUAGCAAUAGAUCUUAUGGGACCCUUGCCAAAUCAAGAUCAACUCUUGGUCAUAAUAGACUACUAUUCAAGGUACCAAGAAAUAAAAUUUCUCAGAACGACUACCUCCGCUGUCAUUAUAAAUCACUUGUCAGAGAUAUUUUGUCGCCUAGGAAUACCAAGAUCUAUUAGAGCGGACAACGGACCCCAAUUUGCCAGUCAAGAGUUCAAGAAUUAUUGUUCACACAAUAAUAUUGAAUUGAUCCACACACCACCAUAUUGGCCUCAAGCAAACGGCGAGGUAGAAAACAUGAAUAGGGCUAUAUUAAAGAGAUUACAAAUAGCUCAGGCAAAUAAACAAAAUUUUAAAACGGAACUUCAAAAAUUUACAAUGAUGUAUAAUGUAACGCCACAUGGAACCACCGGUAAAUCACCAUCAGAACUGAUGUUCAACAGAACCAUUCGUGACAAAAUCCCAUCUAUGGCAGAUCUAGUUGUUGAGCCGGUAGACGAAGAAGCGCGCGAAAAUGACAUGGUGAAUAAACAAAAAGGAAAGGAAAAGGAAGAUUCAUCAAGACGAGCAAAAAUAAUCGAAAUAAAACAAGAUGACAAAGUGUUAGCGAAGAAUAUGAUAAUUCCCAACAAACUGAUACCGAGAUUCAAUAACGAAGAGUUCACUGUAGUGGAAAGAAAGGGAAAUGAAGUAACCCUUUCAAGUGAAGAUGGCCAGAUAAUAAAAAGACACGUUAGCCACUUGAAGAAACUCCCCGAACCAAUACAGGGGUGCGAUGAAACUGAUAUUUCCAGAAACAAACCAGAUCUUAGGUCAGAAUCGCCAAAUCCCAUUACACAUCCCUUAUCUCCGAAGCUUAUCAACGAAAGUGAACCAGAGAAGGAAAUAUCUAAAGUAUCAGGAAAGCUGCCGUUACUGAAGUUGAAAAAAAUGGAGGGAAUGUGGCACUGUACAAGCUGA